UAUGACUUACGUAUGCAUUUGCCGUUAUACGUACCGAUUGUAGACGCAGGCAUUCGGCAUAUGUGGAGGCGAGUGGAACCGGUUCGGCCCGUUACCGGAUCGAAAUUAGAAAAUUCGAAUUGGAAACAACGACCCCUCUGCCCACUGCGUAGCUCCGAUUCCACCACUUGAUUCAAUCCGAGUCCGCUCUCUCAAAGGCUUAUUACUUUAGUAGCCGCCAUUGCGUCUUAAUCCAAAAUGGGGAAAGAAGCAACACCGAGGAAUUGGCCGAUAACGAUUCCCUACCUCUCCCAACCUUCUUACACACCUCACGUUGCGAAAUCACAACAUGAAGUUGUUAGUACUCGGCCCGCUGCUCCUAUCGCAGAGAUACCCCGUGACUUUCCGCGAGGACCUUCGGCUCUGGUGAGAAUCGUACCUAUAAACGAUCCAUCACAUCCUGCAAACGGGCAGUCCGGUCUAUUCGCCGCAAGACAAUUACCGCCGGGUUCCUUCAUCUUGCCAUACUAUGGCAUGGUGCACUCCUCUUUACCGCCACACAGUCUAGUCCAUGAGAAGUCAGACUAUGACCUCUGGUUGGACCGUGACGGGGCAUUGGCGGUCGAUGCCGAAAAGAUGGGCAACGAAGCUCGGUUUGUGAAUGACUAUAGGGGCGUCAAGGGCCGCCCAAAUAGUGAAUUCAGAGAAUGCUGGGAUCUAAGACGCGGUGAGAGAUGUAUGGGUGUGUUUGUCCUACCUGCUGGCAAAAACGCUGGGAAGAAGGCUGCCGUAGGAAUCGGAAAGGGUGAGGAGAUACUUGUGAGUUACGGGAAGGGAUUUUGGAGCAAGAGGCUAGACGAACGUCAAGAUGACGACGUGCUCGACGGUAAUAACCCCUGAUUGAUAAUCCGUCCCCCUGGCGGCCUCAAUCUAGCGUUUCAUGAUUAUUGACUCCAUCGUCACAAUGGUGACGAGCGUUGCGUGGCUCAGCGGUCUUGGUUCUCCUCCAUCGACCAAAAGAGAAGUCAAGAUAUCUCUUAUCUCGAUGUAAUAGGAACAUGGUGCCAUCCAUCUGCAUUUCCCCGCAAACAGGAACGCAGUUAUGUACGGGUCCGAACAGAUUUGUUGGGUUACCAAAGUGAAGGGAAGUCCGGUUUGAAGCUAAGGGUCGACGGCAGUGUCUAGACGAGCAGGGCUCAUGAUAACCUAGGAGGCGCAAGUAAGUUAUUCCAGACUAAACCGUACGCACUUGCUGUUAAUGGAAAUGGUAGUCGUCAUGGUGAUACGCGUUUGAAGGCUAUGAUCUGACACUAGAGAUCAAAACGGGAAUAAGUAAGGCCAUUUCGAGCUUCACUUCCUUGAAUCGAACCGACUCCGUGGUCUUGGGGGAAGCGUAUAUACGACCGGAACGAAGUAGAUCCGUGUGGCAGAGUCAGUUAAACCCGAGGAUGGGCUCUAUAGAAGUUGGAUAUAUACCCAAAGGAGAAGCCUUGACGAGCGAAGAGGGAAGG